AGGAGGGUGAGCGCGGAAUGUCUACGGCCCUCCCCUGCACUUCAGCCUUAGUGCGGAGCCCUUCGCGGUGAGAGAAGCAGAGGCAGAGGCGGCGGCCACGGGAGGCGGAACCACACCCACACCCACGUCGCUGCCCCUGUCCUUGCUUGUCCUCGCUUGCCCUUUCGCCGUCCCGCGGGAUAACGCAUCCUGGUAGGAGAGCGGCCGCCCACGCCCUUAGCAUCCUUCUCUGUCCAGCCGACACUGACUGACCCGGCGGCAUGAUGCGGCUUCGAGGUUCGGCGAAGCUGCGGGACCUUCUCCUGCGGCCGUCCUCUGUCCCCAGCGCGGCUCUGAGGCGGGCGCAGCCUCUCGUCACGCUGUGCCAGCGCGCCCGCGGCGGGGGACCGGAGGCCUCCGGGUCUGCGGCCGCCGCGCGGCUGUACCCGUGGUGGGGCGGGGGCGGCCGGCCGGCAGGGCUCCUUGCCCGGGGCUUGUCCAGCUCCCCCUCAGAGAUACUCCAGGAAUUGGGCAAGGGGGGCACCCAGCAGCAGCAGCAACAGCAGCCGCCGCCGCAGCCAGGGGCGUCGCCGCCUGCGGCCCCGCCAGCGCCCGGCCCCAAGGACGGCCCCGGGGAGACGGAAGUGAUCGGCAACCGCGAGGGCAAGGAGCUGGUGGCCUCAGGAGAAAAUAAAAUAAAACAGGGUCUGUUACCUAGCUUGGAAGAUUUGCUGUUCUAUACAAUUGCAGAAGGACAAGAGAAAAUACCCGUUCAUAAAUUUAUUACAGCACUCAAAUCUACAGGAUUGCGAACGUCUGAUCCCAGGUUGAAAGAGUGUAUGGAUAUGUUAAGAUUAACUCUUCAAACAACAUCAGAUGGUGUCAUGCUAGACAAAGAUCUUUUUAAAAAAUGUGUUCAAAGCAACAUUGUUUUGUUGACACAAGCAUUUAGAAGAAAGUUUGUCAUUCCUGACUUUAUGUCUUUUACCUCUCAUAUCGAUGAGUUAUAUGAAAGUGCUAAAAAGCAGUCUGGCGGAAAGGUUGCAGAUUAUAUUCCUCAGCUGGCCAAGUUUAGUCCUGAUUUGUGGGGUGUAUCUGUUUGCACAGUAGACGGACAGAGGCAUUCUAUUGGAGAUACCAAAGUUCCAUUUUGUCUUCAGUCCUGUGUAAAACCUUUGAAAUAUGCCAUUGCUGUUAAUGAUCUUGGAACAGAAUAUGUACAUCGAUAUGUUGGGAAAGAGCCAAGUGGAUUAAGAUUCAACAAACUGUUUUUAAAUGAAGAUGAUAAGCCACAUAAUCCUAUGGUAAAUGCUGGAGCAAUUGUUGUGACUUCAUUAAUAAAGCAAGGAGUGAAUAAUGCUGAAAAAUUUGACUAUGUGAUGCAGUUUUUGAAUAAGAUGGCUGGUAAUGAAUAUGUUGGAUUCAGUAAUGCAACGUUUCAGUCUGAAAGAGAAAGUGGAGAUCGAAAUUUUGCAAUAGGAUAUUACUUAAAAGAAAAAAAGUGUUUUCCAGAAGGCACAGACAUGGUUGGUAUAUUAGACUUCUAUUUCCAGCUAUGUUCCAUUGAAGUAACUUGUGAAUCAGCUAGUGUGAUGGCUGCAACACUGGCGAAUGGUGGUUUCUGCCCUAUUACUGGUGAAAGAGUACUCAGCCCUGAAGCAGUUCGAAAUACAUUGAGUUUGAUGCAUUCCUGUGGCAUGUAUGAUUUCUCAGGGCAGUUUGCUUUCCAUGUUGGUCUUCCUGCAAAAUCUGGAGUUGCUGGGGGCAUUCUUUUAGUUGUCCCGAAUGUCAUGGGCAUGAUGUGCUGGUCCCCACCUCUGGACAAGAUGGGCAACAGUGUUAAGGGAAUUCAUUUUUGUCAUGAUCUAGUUUCUCUGUGUAAUUUCCAUAACUAUGAUAAUUUGAGACACUUUGCAAAAAAACUUGAUCCUCGAAGAGAAGGUGGUGAUCAAAGGGUAAAGUCAGUGAUAAACCUUUUGUUUGCUGCGUAUACUGGAGAUGUGUCUGCACUUCGAAGAUUUGCUUUGUCAGCCAUGGACAUGGAACAGCGAGACUAUGAUUCUAGAACAGCACUCCACGUAGCUGCUGCAGAGGGUCAUGUUGAAGUUGUUAAAUUUUUGCUGGAAGCCUGCAAAGUAAAUCCUUUCCCCAAGGAUAGGUGGAACAACACUCCCAUGGAUGAAGCGCUGCACUUUGGACACCACGACGUGUUUAAAAUCCUCCAGGAAUACCAAGUCCAGUAUACCCCUCAAGGAGACUCUGACGAUGGAAAGGAAAACCAGACCGUCCAUAAGAAUCUUGAUGGACUCUUGUAAUGAUCUUAACCCCCCAGAUUUAAAUCGCUUACCUAUUUAAUUGUGGAAAAUGAUUACGAAGAAUGUGUGUAUUUCUUUCUGGUAGUGAUGUAUAUUUUACAUUUGUCAUUUCAGUGUUACUGGAGUUUUGCUUCAUUGUACGCACAGGACAAAUCUGAUCUCUUUGGGAAAAAUAGAAAUAAAACAAUCUCCCUCCAUAAUGUGAGCGAUAUUUACCUCGUGCAUUGUAUAAUUUGAUGUAAAUGAAAUAGUUACCAGUGCUAGCCGAACUGUGAGGUUUUCAUGAUUUCCUUUUGUGUUUUGUGAGUUUUCAGUUCACGGUGGUGAGCUGCUGAUACGCCUCUGUAAAUUAAGCUCUGUCACGCAGCCUGUCCAAGUGGGUCAAGGCUGCCUUUAGAAGCAAAGUAGCGUGAUUUUCAUGACUUCAAAUAUAGAUUUAGUUUGAGUGUUUGAACAACUAUAUGCACUUAUGGUUGUGUGCUUAAAAUGCCUCCCAUCACUCUAGCUUCAUGAUGUGACUUUAAAACUUAUAAUAGUUAACAGCUGUUAGCAGGAUAGACCAAUUCUGAUUAGACUUUAUCAGGGAAUCUGUUUAAGAUAUAUUUGGUGACCAAAACAUAUUUGUGAAUGUAGUUAUAAUACUUUUGAAGAAAUUUUCUUUUUCUAUGUCCCCUUUGUCCAGCCUCUCUUCCCAGACACUGAGCUGUUUGCCUCUUUCCUUUAGCUGGGAAAAUGGAUGCUGGCAUCUAUGCAGUUUUCAUGUUUCCCAUAGUAAGUCAGAAAAUUCCUCAUGUAUUUGGCAUCUAAGCUGUAACUAUGCCAUUUCUCUAUAGGAGAUGAAACAGAGACAAAUUACUAAGUACAAAGUAGCCAAAUUUAUCAGCCUAAAGAAGGGAUGUGCUACUACAGCUCUUUAAAAAGGUAUUUUUCAGCUUCCAGGAUCAAUUCAGAAGUGCUCUAAGUUACCAAAGUUAUUAUAAUGGUAUUGGAACUGCUACAAGUAACAUUUGUUUUUUUAAACCUGUCAUUAAACUGCAUCAAUAUAUUUGUUGUAUUUGGGGACCACUAGAUCACUCCAGUUUUCUCCUGAUUCUCUAGUGUAUGAUUUUUGGUGGACUCGAUCAUUUAAUAAUAAGAAAAUGCCAUUCAUUUCAUUUUAAAUUGAGACCCAGUGUUUGUUUUGAGGAGGAACUGCACAUACACUUUAUCAUACCUCAGAGGUAAAAGGGUAUGUUAAUGAGAAUUUCUGAUGUUAAGUGUGCACAUGUGCGUGCACACACAACACACACACAAAUGAGCUUCUUUGAAGCUGUGUUUAGUGAAAUGAGCAGAAACCUCAACCCCAUGAAUGUUAUGUUACAUUAAUACAGCAAAUCCUUUUUUUUUCCCUCACACUGCUGCUUCCGAGCUUUAUUGUGCCUCAUGGCCCCUUUCCCAGUCUAGCAGCCUUCAAGUGUCGAUUUUUGCUUCUAGUCUAAGUCAGCCGCUCGGCCGUUGCCCUCCUAUUCCACAGACAGUACCUCCUUUACUGGAGCCAUGGCCAGUGUUCCUUACCUGGGCUGCAUCAGGCCCGAAGCCGCUCCUGUGUGUGCUUCUGUGGGAAUAAGGUGGGUGGGCGUCCAGCCCAGCUGCUGUGCUCCUGCCCCAUGAAUCUAUGCCAAGCCAUGUAGAUAGGUAGCAUUUGCAAAAUACUGCAGAAGAACAAAGAUAUCCCCCAAGGUAUUAUGGGGUAGAUACACUUGAAUUGAAAUCAACUGAAAUAACUUGGCUCAACUAGCAGCUUACUUUGUGUGAUUAAAAUGUAACAUUAAGAUGGUUCAAUUGUGCAGCUUAAUCAUUACCAAUGAUUUUGAAGCUUUUCUAUAAUAAAAUGAGGUUCUGACUAUAAUUUUGGAACUAUGCUAGUUUUCAUCUUUUCUCAGAUUAAGACUGUUUUGUAAAAUCUUUGUAGUUUAGUUAAAUGUGCCCUUAUUCACCCAGAAGGUUAUUUGUGAUUGUACACUGGUUCCAGCUCUGGCCGUUCGCUGUUGGCUGACGAUAAUGAACACAUUUGUUUAAAUGCUUUUGACUGUGCUGUUAACUGCUGCCAUCUGUAUACUCCAAAGAUCUUUUUGUUUUGGCUUUAGUGCUUUUUUUCUGUAUCAUGAAAGCUGUAUGUGGUCAUGUUUAUUUCAAGUUUCAUACACAUUGCUGUUUUCGCUGCUCUCAGUUCCAACGAUCUCAUCUUUGGGUGUAACGUGCUGUAUCUCAUGCUGCCCCUCUGCCCUCGGCCUGCAGAGCUGGAUGAGCUGUCCCUAUUGACCAUUUGAUGAUGUCGUAUGUCUGGCAGGGAUUGAAUGACCCAAUGUUGGAUUUAGAUUCUUCCUGGGGAUUGUACAGCUAUGAAUGUAUUUGCCACCAGAACAUCCCAAAGUGAAUCUAAUCUUAAAACUCUAAGUUGUAAGUAUUUUGAAACCAGGAAAUAUUUAUUUUAAAUGAAAUCAUGUAGUGUUGCUUUUUAUGGCAUAAUAAAUACAUGUAUCAAAAAAACAAAA